GGGUGCGGGGGCUGGGGCCGGGCCAGGGCAGUGCCUGCCUGCCUGCGAGAGUCGCCACCGCAGCCCGAGGCCAUGGCGCAGCCGCCCUCGCCCUGGGGCUACGAGAGCCACAACGGCCCGGCGCGCUGGCACGAGCAGUACCCGGUGGCGCGCGGCGAGCGGCAGUCCCCGGUGGAGAUCCGAAGCGAGGAGGUGCAGCACGACCCCGCGCUGCCGCCCUGGUUCGCCAGCUACGACCCGGGCGCGGCCAAGAGCAUCCUCAACAACGGGCGCACCUGCCGCGUGGUCUUCGACGACACCUUCGACCGCUCAGUUCUGAGAGGUGGACCUAUUCAAGGAGCCUACAGGCUGCGACAACUUCAUUUUCACUGGGGUUCUUCUGAUGACCAUGGCUCAGAGCACAUUGUGGAUGGAGUGAAAUAUGCAGCAGAGCUUCACAUGGUGCACUGGAAUCCAAAACAUGGUAAUUUUGCUCCAGCUUUGAAACAACGUGAUGGAGUGGCUAUAGUGGGUGUUUUUCUGCAAGUAGGGAAAACUCUUAAACGAGAAAUGAAAAGAAUUCUUGAAGAAAUGGAAUCUAUCAAGACAAAGGGGAAAGAGACUCCUUUUCUACACUUCGAUCCAUCAAUCCUUUUCCCCAAGUCUCGGGACUACUGGACCUAUGAGGGCUCCUUCACUACACCUCCUUGUGAAGAGUGUGUCACCUGGAUUCUUCUGAGAGAGCCUAUUGUUGUCAGCCCAGACCAGAUGGCAAAGCUACGGAGCCUUUCCAUGAACACUGAGAAUGAACCUUUUCACCCCCUGGUGGAUAACUGGCGUCCUCAACAGCCUCUGAAGGGCAGGGUUGUGAGAGCCUCCUUCAAAUAAAUUUCUGUUGAAGUUGGGUGCCUUUUGAGUGAGAAAAUUCCCAGCUACCAAAGCCUAGGUAGCAAUGUACUCUCUGCUGCUCUCCCCCUGGACUGGCCAAAGCCUGAAAGUCUGAAUAAUGAAAUAUGGUGGAUCACUGACUCUGAUUUUUAGCAGAGAAAAUUUGGCUUGGGUAAUUUUUAAAGGUUAAUAUGGAAAUGUGGAGUCUCUGUUGGGCUCAUAGCAACAGCUUUAGCUUUAAACGGGUCCUUUCUACCAAGAGCUGUUGGCAGUAAAAUGAGGUAGGUUCAAUACCUAGGUAUCUAGAGGUAUCUCUUCAUAUUAAAAAGCAUAAUCAUUUUAAGUCUUUACCCAGAAAAUUGAGAAAAUGGAACACCUCUGCUAGAUACCCUAAUAGACAAUAUUUCCCUCCUUGCUAGCUUUCAGUGUCUGUACAGAACAAUGGGAAUUUAAUUAGGGGAGGAGUGCAGUAUAAAUUGUGAAUUCAAAUAGUAUCUAGUGAAUAAAUGUUCUUUUAACACACCGCUUUCCCCCUUCCUCUGCUGCCUCUCAUUUGCAGUUUGUUGUCAGAGAUUCAAACAAAGAAUCAAGAGCUGCCUUCAGGUGCCUUCUGCACCUCUCACCUUUGGAAGGUGGGAAAGAGUGCUGUCUGGCUUAUAGUGUUCAAAGAAUAAGUUGUAGGUAUGAUGAUCCAGAAAAUAUGCAAGCAGCAAGGAUUUCUUAGGGUGAUAUUUUUUACUAGACCAACUAUGUGUUGGUUCAAUAAAAGAUAUCACCCUAAAAAAUCCUUGUGUCUGGCUUCUAUGAAGAGGCAUCUUGCAGCGAUAGGAAGCUGAAGUGACGGUUUGCCCUUCACUUGUAUUCAGCAUACUAUUCUGUCCUAAAGUUCCAAUACUUUCUUAAAUUUUCAUCCAAGACUAGACAAUUUUGACCCAAAACAAUCCAAAAUUAUCUCUGUACUUUGUGUGUUGCCCAUGCAAAUGAGAUCUGCUUGUUUCGUCAAGGUACCGUUACAUCUGGCAAGAGAAGACUUUCAUCCAUUAUCUCUAGGUUCUUCAAUGGUAGCCUCUUCUAGACAAAAUGAUGUGUUCAGCUAAAAGACAUGUUUAGCAGUUGUAUUUAAAUUGGGCAAGAUGAGUCAAAAAUCUCCAAUUUUUUUAAUUAAUGUAAUUCUUGGGAGUCAUUGAAGGCAAGAGUUUUGUUCUUUAUGUUUCUCUUGCACAGAGAGAGUACAAAGAAAGCCACUGAUGAGCAAGUUUUGAUUUCAACAUAAGGAAAGAUUAGUGGUGGACAGUUUCAUUUUGGAGAACUGAAAUCAACAAUUUAGCUCAAACUAUGAGUAUUGAAUUUGGGAAAUGCUUCUAAUUAUUUUAACAAUUGACUUACUCUGAUCAGUGGAUCAACUUUCAUUUUUAUGUCACAGCAUUUGCAAUUACAUCAGUUUUGAGAAGCUUCAGCAUUUUCUUUGAUUUCCUGAAUCUUUAGGGUUUGUCACUAGCAGAAAAUGAUUAGUUUCUGUGGAAGGCUUUUUAGAAUCAUAAGAAUUUUCACUUCCAUUUUCUUACUCUACCACUUCUCUUACAUUUCUCAAAGCCAAAUUCUACUCUUGUUUGUAUUUGGAAUUGAUCCUAAUGUUAAAAAGAUUUGUGAGCAAGAAUCUAAGACAAAAUUUUGACUCUAACUAUCUAAAAGCAAUUGGCUGUGAUGUUCUUGUCUCUUGUCUGACUUAAAGUUGUCUCAGGAUUGUAUGGCUGUAUAGUAAUAGUAUUUCCUUCCUCCUCUUCCUUAAGAGAACCAACACUAAUAAAUAUACUUGCAG